AUGGACAGAAUUCAUUUUAAAAUUAAUGGAGAAGAACAUUCAGUGGGAUGCGAGACUCGGUCGGACCUGUCCCUGCUGGAGUACCUGCGCGUGCGCUGCGAGCUGCGCGGCGUCAAGUACAUGUGCCGCGAGGGCGGCUGCGGCGCGUGCGUCGUCGCUGUUGCGAAGCCUGGCGAGAGGCAGCAUGCUGUCAACUCUUGUCUGGUAUCCAUCACAUCAUGCCAAGACUGGGAGAUAACGACCAUCGAGGAUGUCGGCAACCGUCUGAAGGGCUACCACCCCAUACAGGAGACCCUCGCCAAGCUCAACGGGACCCAGUGCGGGUACUGCUCGCCGGGUUGGGUCAUGUCUAUGUAUGGCCUCCUGCAGAGUAAAGAGAAGCUAACAAUGCUGGAGAUUGAGCAGUCUUUGGGCAGCAACAUCUGCCGAUGUACCGGCUACCGACCUAUCCUGGAGGCUUUUAAGAAAUUCGCCAGCGACGCGCCUAAGAAGGAAAUACUUGAUAUAGAAGAUCUCACUAUUUGUAAGAAAAGUGGUGAAUCAGGUUGUAAAAGGAAAUGCAGCGAAAGUGGCUGGUGCCUGAAUUGCCUGAUAGAGGCAGAAGAUCUGAAACUGCCUGAAAGGAUUAAGAUUGAGCUGAAAGACGGCAAGUCCUGGUUUGGAGUGCAGCUUCUUGCUGACGUCUUUGAAGUUCUGCAGAGGGAAGGAGAUGAUGACUACAUGCUAGUCGCUGGAAAUACUGCUAAAGGAGUCUACCCCAUAGAAGAAUUACCCCGAGUCCUUAUUGACAUGGGCAACGUCAAAGAGCUCAAAGGCUACCAUUUCGACCAAAACCUGAUGCUUGGGGCUGGCAACACUCUAACUGAGACCAUGGACAUAUUCGAAGAGCUGGCUAAUUCUGUGGACUACUUCUGGUAUUUGGAGAAAUUGAGGGAGUAUUUGAUGCUGGUUGCGCAUAUUCCUGUAAGAAAUUUGGGAACCAUCGCUGGCAAUUUAAUGACCAAGCAUAAGCACAAUGAAUUCCAAUCCGACAUAUUCCUUUUGAUUGAAACUGUUGGAGCAGACCUUACUAUUGUGGACCAUCACGGAAUUCACAAAACGGUGACGCCAGAAGAGUUCCUUCACGUGGAUAUGAAAGGGAAAGUCCUUUUGAACAUCCUGUUUCCACCUCUCAGUCGCUCUCAUAAAUUUGUGUCAUUUAAGGUAAUGCCGCGCGCUCAAAACGCUCACGCCAUAGUCAACGCUGCGUUUCUGUACAAGCUAAGCACACCAAAAAACGUCGUGUCUUCAGCUCGCAUGGUCUUCGGUGGACUUUCUUCAAAGUUUGUCCGCGCUAAGAAUACAGAGAAGUUUCUUAUUGGAAGACAGUUGUUCUCCAAUAAAACCCUGCAGGGCGCGAUCCAGGUCCUCAUGCAAGAACUAGUGGUGGUAGACAGCCCACCAGAACCUUCGGCCAAAUAUAGGAUGGAUCUUGCUGUCAAUUUGUUCUAUAAGGGCCUUCUGUCACUAUGCCCCGGCAGCACCGUGUCUCCUAAAUACGCAUCUGGUGGGAUCGUGCUGAGCAAAACCCGUCCGGUCUCCGACGGCAAGCAGGUUUACAACACCGACCAGACUUUGUGGCCGCUCAACCAGCCUGUUGAGAAGGUUGAAGCUCUUAUCCAGUGCUCUGGUGAAGCUCCAUAUACGGAAGACGUACCUGGCAUGGCACGCGAAGUAUUUGGCGCGUUUGUUCUGGCCAAAGUACCAGUCGGGGACAUUGAUAAUAUCGAUGCCACUGAAGCUCUGCAACACCCAGGCGUAUUAGCCUUCUACUCAGCAAAAGACAUUCCAGGCGUCAACUCCUUCACCCCAGGAGACAACGCUUUCUUCCUCGCCCAAGAAGAGGUAUUCUGCUCUGGCUCCGUCAAAUACAACGGCCAAGUCAUAGGACUCAUAGUAGCCGAAACCAGAACUAUUGCAGAAUACGCCUCCAAACUUGUUGAAGUCAGAUAUAAAAAUGUUCAAAAACCUGUCACUGAUAUAAAAGUAGCUAAGAAAGAUACAAACAGGGCUAAACUGGAGCAAGCAAUUCCGGCUACUAGUAAGGGAUCGGAUGUUGCUAAAGUGAUAAAAGGUGAAGAGACAAUGUAUCAACAGAAGCACUUUUGCAUGGAAGCGCUAGUGAGUGUGACAAAGCCAACGGAAGAGGGCAUGGAGGUGCAUUGUACUACGCAGCAUAUGGACGGGGUGCAGUAUAUGAUAUCGCGGGCUCUCAAGAUGCCGGAAAAUAAAAUAGACGUCCACGUUCGUCGCCUGGGCGGAGCGUACGGAAUAAAGAUCUCCCGAGGAAACCAGGUGGCAGUGGCUUGCGCUUUGGUUACCCAGAAGUUGAAUCGUCCAUGCAGGAUAAUACUAUCCCUUAAGACGCAGAGUCAUGCUGUGGGGAAGCGGCUACCAUGCUCUACUGAAUAUGAGGUAGCAGUAGACGCUACAGGCAGGAUCCAAUACUGCAACGAGAACCUGUACAUGGACCAUGGCUACAUCGUGGACGAGCCACUCAUGCUGGCCACACUGGACGUCUACAACAACUGCUAUGAGAAGGCGCGGUUCGACUAUAAAGUGUUCAAUGUGACGACGGACACUGCGAGUAAUACGUGGUGCCGGUCACCAGGAACUUUAGAAGCUAUUGCAUCAGCAGAAUUGAUUAUGGAGCGCAUCUCAUAUGAGUUAUCACAAGAUCCUUUUGAAGUGCGUUUACAGAACUUAGACCCAGCUUAUACAGAUCUGAAAGAUCAAGUAGAUAGGAUAAGGUCGGAUGGACAAUAUACUGAAAGAAGAGCGUUCAUUGAUAAGUUUAACAGUCAGAACAGGUGGAAGAAGAGGGGCUUGAGAGCUUCCUUCCUAAGAUGGCAACCUUUAGCUGGACAAUAUUUUGAUUUAACACUUUCAGUGUACCAUGACGAUGGGACUGUCACGCUUACUCACGGUGGAAUAGAAAUGGGUCAAGGCCUGAAUACGAAAACUGUUCAAAUCGCUGCACAUCUUCUGGGUUUAUCGCUUGAUAAAAUCCAAAUUAAAGGGAACAAUACGAUAAUAAAUCCUAAUGGGUUUAUAUCUGGGGGAAGUUUGACGUCGAUAAACAUUGGUAUUGGUGUUCAGAGAUGUUGUGAAGAGCUUCUAACCCGUUUGGAGCCAAUAAGGAAAGAAAAUCCAGAUGCGACUUGGGAAACGUUGAUAAAGACAGCGUUUAACGCUAACGUGGAUUUGCAGACGCAUGGGUUUGUGUCGAUGAGUGACACACAGGCUGUGAACGUGUAUGGUGUGACGCUGUCUGAGGUGGAGAUGGACGUCCUGACGGGAGAGUGGGAGGUGAUACGCGUAGAUGUGCUGGAAGACGCUGGACAGAGCGUUAGCCCUUCGAUAGAUGUUGGACAAGUGGAAGGUGCCUUCAUCAUGGGCCUAGGCUACUGGACGUGCGAGCAGCUGGUCAUCAACCCUGAAACUGGCGAGCUGCUCACGGACCGCACCUGGACCUACCACGUGCCGCAGGCCAGGGACAUCCCGCAGGACUUCCGCGUGUAUUUCCAGGACAAAUCUUACUCUGAGUCUAGGAUCCUUGGCGCUAAAUCAAUCGGUGAACCUGCAAUCUGCAUGUCAGUAUCGGUAGCUUUUGCACUCCGUGAAGCUAUCAUGGCUGCCAGGAGCGACGCUGGGCAACCAGCCAACCAAUGGCUUCAGAUCGAUGCUCCAUACACUCGCGAGAAAAUACAGCAGAACACGGCUACCGAGAUCAGUGAUUUUAAAUUGUAUUGACAUAAGUUUACUCUUUAUUUUAUGUUUAAUUUAAUAAAUAAAAUUAAUUGAUAGCUACGCUUGUGUUUCUAUUUUGUUAUAUUUUCCCUGCUUGUGUAAUAUUUAGGCAUCGUAGCUUUUCCAGCAAUUUUGGUGCAAAUUCAUUCAGCAAAUUCUCGCGUUUAAGUAAUCCAUACUAAUAUUAUAAAG